CCCUCCUCCCCUCCACACAACCUGCCUGUUGCUUCCCAUCCCACCAGAGCCCAACCAAACCCUCCUUCACUCCCCUCGCUCUCACUUCAGCUGUGCCUCUACCAGCGCUUGUCCAAUUCCUCCACAACCCCUGCAAAACUUCCUAUCUCCUUUUUUCUUAUUUUAACUAACUUUUUUUUUUAAUUUUUAGAAGAUUUCAUUUCACCCCAGGGACAUCACCAUCACUGCCAUCAAAGUUCUUCAGCCAAAAACAGGACCUCCUAAAUAUUUCUUUUAUUGUCGGAGAAAGAGAAGAAAUUUGAGGACAGGAUGAAGUUUCAGCUGCUGCUCUUCUUGGCUCUGGCCGGCCCGUUCUACGCAGUAACAUUUGCAAGUCCCACAGGGCUGCCUGAAGAUGUCGUCCCAGUGACGGAGGCUGCUCCAGAGACCAGCCCCGUCGAGUCCGAACCAGUGGUCGCAGAAGAGGCUGUUCCAGAAGCCACUGAAGUCCCUGUCGCUGCAGCAGAAGAAGAACCAGCCGUAGUCACAGACCCUCCAGCCACCGAGCCCCCCGCUGCCGCAGCCGAGGAGGAGGUGGUGACCGCAGCCCCAGAGGAGGUUGCUACAGAAGCUUCUGAGGUUGAGGAUGUAGCCGUGACAGAAGCUCCGGUGGUAGAAACCGAAGCCCCCGAGCCUGCCCCCACGGAAGCACUAGAAGAAGAAGAGGUGGUGCUGACCGAGGCACCAGCUGAGGAGACAGAGGUAGUGACCGAGCCCGCGGCGGUUCCGGACGUCCCAGUGGCCACAGAGGCUGCAGAGGUCGCACUGGAGACAGGAGGACAGGUGCUCGUGGAGGGGGGAGAAGACGAGGGCCUGAGCUCAGGGCAGGUGGCGGGCAUUGUGAUCGGGGCUCUGUUGGCUGUGAUCAUCGUUAUUGCUGUGGUCAUCGCAGUGGUCAGGAGGAUGGGCAAAUACUCCCCUUGAAGAAAAAGCCAGCCAAGCAGCCCGAGCGCUCCAAGUUCUGGAAAGUCUGAAACUACUGAACUGUCACGUCAAUAAAGAUUACAAAAAGAAAAAAAAGAAAAAAAAAAACGAGACCGAACCAGGACUAAACCAGGACCUCUUCUGGACUAAAGCGAGACUAAACCAAGAAUAAACCAGGACUAAAUCAGGACUAAACCAGGACUAAACCAGGACGUAACUGAUCUAAUCUUGAACUGAACAUACCAUCGCAUCAAAACUAAGAAGAUUUCAGGACUACACUCAUUGCCUACAGGGAGGAGGAGAUGCGUAUGUAAUGUAUGGAAGCCUGUAAGGGACAAAAGUGUGAUCAAAUCCUCCCCUCAGUCAUAUUUUUUCAUACCCUAGAGCCGCUGUCCCAUACCAAGAUGGCGACAGCAAGUCAGUCGGAAUUUCAGGACUUUCAAAAAUACAGUGUCAAAAGGGAGUAGGACUUAAAACCUCUUUCCUUUAUGUUUCUUGUGAAUUUGUUGAUAGUAGAUUUAUGGUAAACGGCAGGAAUUUUUAAAUUAGAGUUGUCCAGAUAGCAGAAUCAGUACUAUGUGGUAUUGAUGUAUUGUAUCUGUUCUUUCUCCAAAACUUUCUAAAAAAAGUACAAGUUGUCAAUGUAUUUGUAAUUAUGUUGUGACUGUCUCUAAGCCUGGCCACGCCUUAUCCACCGAGUUCCGAAGUGCCUUAAGUUUUCAUUUUUAUGUUUCAUCAUUAUGCCUUCUUCAAUGUUAUUUUUUGUUUUUCUGCUUGGUAAUGUUUUUUCGAAAUGCAAACAUAAGUAGUAAUAGUGAGAUUUUCUACCCCUACAAAUCAAAUUGAGGUCCAAUGAAACCCAAUGGUGGCUGGCCAGGCUGUCUCUCCUGAGCACUGUACGGAAAAAAAAUACUGUAUAAAGGUUCGGUAAUAUUAUCAAGAGCCCAAACGAGUUGGUGUUUCUGAUAGGGACGGUUAAAGCAACACUGCGUAGCUUAAAUAGUGCUAACCUAAUUAAAUGACUUGUAUAGGCUGUAUACCACAUUUCAACAUAACCAAAGCACUUUACAUCAACUUUUUUCCCUCCUUAGUCGGUCAAUAAUGAAACUACUUUUGCUGUCCUGGGGCGGACUGAAAGAAACAUGGCUGCAAAUCAGCGCCAACAGCCUUUUUGUAACCACCAAUCACAGACAUACGCAUUCAAACAAGCCAGGUGAAGACUCACGCCCAAGGACUCAACUGAAGUUUGACGUAAGCGGGAUUCAGACCACAAAUCUUCCAGAAAAUGGGAGUCUGCUUCACAUACUGGAACCUUAUUUGAAUUUUUGAAUAGAAUACAUCUCACAAAGUUUUAUAAAAAUAUAUAGGUUGCAAAUUAUUCAAAUUAGAACAUUUAAAACAACAAAAUAAACUACACCCUAUGUUUAGACCUGACCAACGUUUCCACUGUGCCGUGCCUUUGCUAAUACCCUGUAAAGUUCCGCAGUGUUGCUUUAAGACAUGUAGAAGGGCCAUUGGGACAUGUCUAUUAGAAACACAACAAAGAAGUGCGAAGAAACCAAGAGCGUCUGUUCCAAAUUCCACAGGAUGUAUAGACAAUGCAGCUCGCAGUAAUGACUUGCUCCCAUGCAGCAUCUACGCUAUCAAAAAACGCAAAGCAAAAAAGGGAAAAUGUACACGUUUCUGAUGUUUUUUCUGUCGCCUGAAGCCCACACUGCUGAAGUUUAGCCGACUGUAUGACGGGUGGCCCAUGAUGGCUUCACGAUAAGGCGAUUUUUAGAAGCUAGCCAUUCUGCGUACGCUAACACUGAGAUGCUAAUACAUAUCUGUGAAAUUUAGCAGAGGGGUUCGUGCCACUGUCAGAGGGGGGAUUUUAACUUUUGAAGUGCGUUAUAAUAAUGUGAGUGACUGUAAUGUUUAACCCAUUCCAAAAAAAAGAACAUGGAUUUAUUAUUUUGUUAAUUUUGUUUUUGUUUUGCUAGCCUAAAUGUGUUUCUUGUUAGCAGCUCACAUAGAGAACACAUUGUCUCCACAUUGUAGCCCUGCCCUUUUUUUAAAUUGACCCCAGGAUUUCGAGUUGCACUUAAUUCUUGUGCACAAUAAUGUUCUGUUUAGUUGAGUUGUUUUGAACAAAACGGUUGUACAAAUACAUAUUGGCUUUUCUCGCUCGCUGCCUGUUCACACCUGUUCAUACGUGCACUGAAUGAGAGAGUAGUUGUAAUACUUCAGACACUGCAAAAAAAAAACAUUUGCGACGACAAGUUGUGUGCUGCCCCCUCCCCCUCGGCUUGGCUUCAUUUUAUCACUUCUAUGUCUUUAAUCUGUGCCAUGGGAGUUGUUUGAAACUUUAUUUAAUUGCAGUGUUUUUUGUUGUUCAUAUUGUUUCAAUAAAAUACGGAAAAUUACCAAAA